CCAGAAGAAAUUUUUAUAAUUUCUCUGGGGAUAAGCGAUUUCUACAGCCAUAUAUAUAUAUUACAUAUAAUCAUUCAAUUUCAGAGAAAGAGAGCUCGAUCGGUUCAUUUUCCCCUCUGCCCAACAAAAAAAAAAACCCCAGAGAAAAUGAAUCGCAAAACCGCCAGAAAACCUCUCCCUCCGGUAUCGAUCCCCUCGCCGCCGGCGACGGAUGCCGACGAGCCCCUGACUCCCGCCGGCCGGAUGUUCCUCCAGCCGGAGCUCGACACCGUAAUCCACUGCGCUAUCGGGGUACGAAACCCCCUCGACGUCGACGCCAUCAAGGAAAUCAUCAAAAACUCGCUCCUAUUGAAGCACCCGCGGUUCUCCAGCAUCCUCGUGCGGGACGAGCACGGCCGCGAGCGGUGGCGGAGAACGAAGGUCGAAAUCGACCGCCACGUCUUCGCCGUCGACGCGGCGGCGGGAGAUGCCGACGACGGCGGCGGCGGGUGUGCGGAGAGGAAGGUGAACGACUACAUCGCCGAUUUAUCGGCGGGCCAGCCGCUGAGAUCCGACAAGCCGCUGUGGGAAAUCCACCUGCUGACGGAGGAGCGGUGCGCCGUGCUCCGGAUCCACCACGCGCUCGGCGACGGCAUCUCGCUGAUGUCGAUGCUUCUCGCCGACUGCCGGAAGUCGGGGAAUCCGGACGCGAUCCCCAGUCUCCCGGCGUCGGAAGCUGGCCGCCGGCGGCGGCGGCGGUCGUGGGCUGCGGCGGCGGCGGAGUUGGUGAUGAUGGUGGUUUACAGUCUGGUGUACUGCUUGGAGUUCACGCUGAGGGUGCUCUGCGUCGGGGAUCGGAGGACCGGGAUCAGCGGCGGCGCCGGGACGGAGCUGUGGCCGAGGAAGCUGGCGACGGCGAAGUUCUUGAUCGAGGACAUGAAGACGGUGAAGUCAGCGGUGGCGAAUGCGACUAUAAACGACGUUUUGUUCGGCGUGAUAGCAUCCGGGCUAUCAAGAUACUUGGACCAUCGAACUCCAAAUGCUCUGAAGGAAGGCCAACAAAUAACAGGGAUGGCCAUGGUUAACCUUAGACCACAAUCUGGAUUACAGGAAUUAUCAGACAUGAUGAAGAGCAAUUCAUCAGCAAAAUGGGGUAACAGAUUUGGGAUACUGGUAUUACCAGUAUUUUACCACAGCCACCAUAGCGAAGAAGGGUCGAGCUCGAAUCCGCUGGAUUUCGUGAAGAGAGCCAAGAAGAUGAUUGACAGGAAGAAGAAGUCUUUGGAAGCUCACUUCUCUUACAAGCUCUGCAACAUUGUCAUGUCCACAUUAGGUCCUAAGUUUGCAUGCAAGUGUAACUACGAUAUAAUCUGCAACACCUCGUUUACGAUCUCCAAUGUUCUUGGGCCCAAGGAGGAAAUCACCAUUGCUGGGAAUCCUGUCACCUUCCUAAGAGUCAAUACUUCAAGCAUUCCCCAUGCUUUGACAAUGCACAUGGUGAGCUAUGCAGGGAGAGCUGACAUGCAGAUUUUGGUGGCCAAAGAUGUUAUUCCGGACCCGGAAUUUCUGGCUAAGUGCUUCGAAGAUUCUUUGAUGGAGAUGAAGACUGCGGCUGAAAAGGCUGCUGCUGCUUCUUCCUGACUUGCUCGUAUCAACAAAAUCUAGUUCAAACAGAUUGAUACAUUACGCAAUACGAUUUUGAUUUUCAAAUUCAAGACUCGAUCUCUCGAUUCGAUCUGAUCGCUCGAAUCGAAAAAACUACCAGAUCAGAUGCGAUUUAAGGAGAAGCAAAGAACAGCACAGUACCUUUAUCACAGAAGGUAGAAACAACAACAGCCUCAGACUCAUAUGUACAUGUGGAUAUUUGGUUAGUGAUCAAAGAUGAAAUGCAAAUGAACUCCC